UCUGUCAAUGGGAUUUACGAAACAACGUAUGAUGUUUCACCAAUGCCCUCUUACUUGAUCUCAAAUCGGCCAGAGCUGGUCCCUCUGCCCCACCUCAAAGGAGAGGGAAAGAUCAUAGAUGUCGUCAAGAACAGGAAUUACUCAAACCCAAAGCAACACAUUGUCUACCGGUUUGGAUCUAAUGGUCAUGAAGGUUGGGAAGCUGGAACUAACCAUAUGGGAAACUUCCUUUCACGCUCGUCACAAAGUCGAAUCAUUCUAUCUGGGAACCUCAAACGCUACACUAUUCAGUCAUCAACAACGACAGAGAAAGUGCUUGUCGCACCUCACCUGCACAAUUCACAAAAAGGUCUCGUAGUAAGUCACAUGAAUCUUACUUUGACAUCAGUCUCCACGGCACAAGGUUCUUCCGAGUCCAUUUCCAACCCAAGGGAAGUUGGUUCAUUGGUCUAUGAAUACGGACAUGAUGCGCGCACUGGAAAAAUGACUAAGGGCAGUAAAGAAAGCUCCUCAAGCAGCUCAUCUGAGAGUGAUUCGUCUGAAAGUAAGGAAAACAAAAUAAUGCAGGUAAUGUUGUCAGCAAACAAGGGAAAGAAAGGCUCUUCGGAAAAGUGGAUGGAAGGAUCUUCUUCCUCUUCUAGCUCUGAGGGCUCAUCGAUUAGCUCUAGUGAAGAAUACCUGCCCAGUCACCCGGAAUCUAUCAAUCAUGCACCAAUUCAUGAAUUCCUUCUUGAAGGUAUGCUUUCUUGGGGAUCACAGAAAAUUAAUUUGGCCCAAGAGAUGAAACGUGUUGCCCGCGAAGUUGGACAGUGGAUUCAAAGACCUGGAGAUGUUCCAGAUGAAAACAUACUGGCUAACUUCAGAAUUCUUUCACGUUUGGUCGGAAGAGCCAGCAGUGAGGAAUUGAAUCAAGCGACCCAGGCCCUUUACAGCGCCCAACCUCCAUACGAACAGAUUAAAGAGAACCGCGGAGAAUCCAAUAAAUAUAAUGCAUGGGUUGCAUUCCGUGAUGCAGUCGCUGAAGCCGGAACUGGACCCGCAUUGGUGACAAUUCGUCAAUGGGUAGAGUCUGAAAAAGUAAAGGGAGAAGAAGCCGCUGAACUUAUCGCCGCUUUGCCGUACACUGCACGUUACCCUAACAAAGAAUACAUGGACUACUUUUUUGACUUCAUCAAGACCGAUAAAGUAAAAAAUAAACAGAAUCUCAACUCCAGUGCACUCAUUGCAUUCAGCUCAUUGGUUAGGAAAUCCCAAGUGGACACAAAAGUCUCCCAUAACCGAUACUCUCUUCACCUGAGUGAAGGAAAGCCGGAGCACAGUCAAGCUGUAGAACAACAAUACAUUCCAUACAUGGAAAAACAAUUGCAGCAGGCCAUUAAAAACGGCGACUCCAUUAAGAUCCAGCAAUACAUCCGUGCCAUUGGUAACACUGCACAUCCCAAGAUCAUGGCAGUCUUCGAGCCGUAUCUCGAAGGCAAGCAACAAAUCUCUAACUUCCAGAGACUCACCAUUAUUGCAUCGUUUGAUGAGUUGACAAGGACUAAUCCUAAACUUGCCCGAAAUGUACUGUACAGGAUUUAUCAGAAUACAGCAGAGGCGCCCGAAAUACGUGUUGCAGCGGUUAUGCAGAUUAUGAAAACCAAUCCUCCAGCCCAGAUGCUCCAGCGUAUGGCUGAGUUCACAAACUAUGAUCACAGUCAUCAGGUCA